AUGCCUCUUGCCAAACCCUCCAAUCUGCAGAAACUGGAAAGAAAGCAGAAUGAAGCAGCAAGAAUCAUCACAGGCUGCUCAAAGGAUACUCGUGUGGACAGCCUCCUCAUCGAAGCAGACAUUUUACCACUAAGGCAUAGAGCUGAUGCCUUGACUGCCAUCUCAUUCGAGAAGUCCAUGCGUCUGCCUACAACGAACCAACGCAAAGCCUCCGCAACAAAAUCAGUGCCCACGCGGACAUGCAAGUCGAACUGGAGAAAGCAUGCCCAGAACCUCGUAGCCGAAACUGAACUGGAUACGUACCCACGUGAGGAGCUGGUUGUUUUACCCCCCCCCACAAAACCGUGGAAGGCUGCAUCAUACAACGUGACUUUUAGCACCGAUCUUGUCGCCGACUGCAAGCGUGCUAAUGAACCAGCUGUCAGGAAAGCAGCAGCAGAGGCUACAAUUCGUUCGCUCCCCCUGCCCGAUGUAGAAGUCUGGACUGACGGUUCAGCUGAGCACGGUACUGAGUAUGGAGGAAGUGGAAUACUGAUCAAGACCGGUGAUACCGAACUCGACCAACGUGUACCUGCGGGCCGGUAUUGUUCCAGCUACAGGGCCGAGCUUGUAGCUCUCGACACAGCGCUUGACAUGCUUGUGGCACUACAUACAGCAGGCAGCCUUCCGAACAGUGCACGCAUCCAUGUAUAUACUGAUUCUAGAUCAGCAGUCAUGCGCCUCUCAUACGGCCCUACCAACCAAUCGGAAAAGGUGGCCUGCUCAAUCUGGCAACAUCUGCACACCCUCUGUCAACGCUCUGAAUGUUCCAUCCACUUACAGUGGAUUCCAGGCCACGCCCGACUGGCUGGGAACGAGGAAGUUGACAACAUCGCCAAAGAAGCAACAGCGCUUACCCAGAUUGACACGCCAAUCAAUUUCUCGACAGCUAAAGCCGUCAUCCACCGAUCGACCCGCGCAAAGUGGAAAAGAGAGGCGAAACCCAAACUGCCGUUUGCCCAGCCGCCGUCAUUCCAGCUUGAGGCCUCGCUCAGACGACAGGACCGCCGGCUUCUCUCCCAAAUGAGAACUGUCUGGCGCCCUCUUUUGCGUCGACUGUUCUUUGGCCAGUAG